UCGACACUAUAAGACAGAUUAUCAGCGCAGAUCAAUUAAACAAUUAACAAGCCGAGAUCUAUUGCUUGCACAUAAUUAAGAUUUAAUCGUAUCAACAAUCAGAUCAAGAUGACGACUCCAGUUUGGUUUAUUACCGGAAGCUCUAACGGCCUUGGUCUGCUUCUCAGCCUGCGAGUCUUGAAAGCAGGAAACAGAGUCAUUGCAACUGUCCGAGACACGACAAGAUCGGCAGAUGCUGUCCGCCAAAUCGAAGAAGCGGGCGGAAAGAUCGUCACCAUUGACCUGACCGAAUCCAAGGCUAGCAUUACCAAGAAAGUCCAAGAUGCAGAGAAGAUUUAUGGGAGGAUCGACUUUCUGGUGAAUAACGCUGGAUAUUCCGUCUUGGGAGGCAUUGAGCUCUUUACAGAGGCUGAGGCCGAACAUCAAAUCCAGACAAAUUUAUUUGGUCCUCUAUAUACCAUUCAAGCUGCCCUCCCCGGAAUGAGAAGCCGAGGCUCAGGAACCAUCAUCAACAUUAGCAGUAUUGCUGGUCAAGAUGCUCAACCCAGCUGCGGACUCUACAGUGCCAGCAAGUUUGCUCUCGAAGGUCUAAGCGAGAGUUUGUCCAAGGAGGUCAAAGAGUUCGGUAUUAACGUUCUGCUGGUUGAGCCUGGUGCUUUCCGUACAAAUUUCCUUGACACCAGCAUCAAGAGCAAUGUUUCUGGCGAAUCGGCAUACCAAGGAACUCUGUUGGAAGCAACACUCCAGAAGUUUGAGAAGGCAACUGGAAAGCAACCUGGAGAUCCCAAUAAGGCAGUGGACAUCAUCUUUGAGGUGGCUACUGGCGAGGGAGCGGCAGGUCACUUGAAGGGAAAGAUUCUGAGAUUGCCCCUGGGCAAAGAUUGCUUUGCUCGUCUGAAGACGAAGCUUGAGUUUCUUCAGCAUGAUAUUGAAGCAACACGAGAGAUUGGUGUCACAACUGACCUAGACGAGAAAUAGACUAGCAUAGCUCAGAUCACGAGGUACAUAGUAGUUAACCAAGAUGCUACAAAAAGGACUACUCCCAAGAUACGCAUAAAGAAAGACAGUAAAUCCAUAUCCAUCAGCAUAUCCGCCCGAGUCACAAUGAAGAUGGCCUGACUUGAUUCCAUGCACAAAGAACCCUUUGUCAUGAUGAAAGCAAUUUUCAUUCAGACCUCAAUUGUUCAUUGAGUCACUGGCUUGUCAAAAACUGGUAUUGUGGAACGAGGCAAGUGUCAAGUAAAGCCAUGGUAUCUUUG